AUGCUCUCCUCCCUCUGGGGCUCCAAGCCCUCAUCACCAUCCACAUCUACUCCCUCCAGCUCAACCGAAACCAAAAGCGAAACCCAACUCUCUCACUCCGCCAACCCAAACGAACCCUCCACCACCCCUCCUCAAAACCAGCAAAGCACCUUCCCCCAACGCCCCCUCAAACUCCUCCUCGCCGGCACAACCUUCGUAACACUUUCCCUCUACUUAACCCGCCGCGCCCUCCGCACGCGCCACCUCGCCGCCAUCCCACCCUACUACACCUCCUCGACCUACCACCACCCACCCGUCAAUGGCGCGCUAGACGCCUUCGAGGCCUUUAACCUGGCGACGAUCAAUGUGGUUAGUUUUGCGAUGGUGGGGACGGGUGGUGUUAUGUGGAAACUGGGUGUUAAUGAUUUGGAGGAUGCAAGACGGAUCACCAGGAGGUACAUUAAGGGUGUUGGUGAGGGCCCUGAGGGGAUUGGUGGGGCGAAGAGUGGGAAGGAGGAGGAUGAGGAGGCGGAGAAGGCGAUUGAGAAGUGGGUUGUUGAGACGUUGGGCUUGAAGGGGUAUGAAGAGAAGAAGAGGGAGAUUUUGGAGGAGAGGGAGAGGGCGCGGAAUGAGAAGAGUGAGAAGUGA